AUGGAGGUAAUAAUUCACCACCUCCCAGAGCGAAAUUCAAAAUCGCAAAAAUUGAGCAAAGGCACAUUAGUCACACAGGAUCCCAUAACGAAUACCGUAAUCCUGGCGGAAUUCUUUGAAAAUGGCGACGAAAUUCGACAAUUUCAUCUGAUUCCUGGCACAUCGAUUGAGAAAAUUGAGAAAUUCGAGGAAAAUCAAAGAGAUCCCAAAAUUUUUGAUAAAUAUUUGAAUUAUGAAGAAAAUGAAGAGGAAAGUGAGGAAGAAGUUAAGAAAAGGUUAGAUUUUUUGAAUUUUGGCGCGAAAUUUGACACCAAACAAGGGUAUAUUCAAAUUUCCACGUGGCGAAAAAAUUUUUCAAAAUUCAAAUAUUGUUUGCAGAGCUCUCAAAAUCGUCUCAUAUUUACGAUCUCAUCACAUCGAUGUUGUUGAAAAAUCGGAUGGAAUCUAUGAAAUAUCAGGAAUUGUGAAAUUCGGAAAACCAUACAAAAGGGCUAAUUUUUAUUGUGAUAUUCCUUUGGUUUUGCAAAGAAUUUUGAAAUUGAUUGAUCAAAUUGAAUGA